GAGGAAUGGUUGUUCUUCGCUUUCUUCACUUUGCAGAUUGCAGAGAGGGAGGCACUCCCAAAUCUGCUGGAGGCAUUUAGGCAAGGGGCUUCCACAUCAACUCGAAAAGCGCCUCCCGCCUCCGUCAGAAAAAGCCCAGGAAGUUGCUGCAUAGAUAAUAAUGCCACACAUGUCCACCUUGGGGGCCAGCGUUUGGGGGGGGUUCGGUUUGCGUGACGCUUGUAAUGCCCCCCAGUUUCGGUGUCAUUCGAUUGUACACACUUGCUUGACCAUAUGGAUGGAGUCUACCGCGGACGCUGCUAUGCCAUUCUGAGGGCAUUCUCACAAGAGAACUAUUUGACCUUUUUGGGGGACCUAAAUUUGGUCGCAUGCAUCCAGGUCCGACCGCAAAUGCGGUCAGAUACGUGGAAGGUAAGAGCUAUUGUGAGUACUACGUCCUUAGUGCGAUGUUCUGUUUGCCUUUUGUGGUGUGUUUUGGUGGAAGUUAGGGUACCAGCUCAUCUCUCCUCAGGCUCCUCGCAUAUACUUAUUAAGUCAGCUGGGCAAGGUCUCGUAAAUGCUGGUGUAAAAAGUGAGAAGUGCAGGUCUCACCCUGGUAGGCAUCGUGCUCCUGCUUUUUUAUCGGCUAUUGGGAUGGGCAGAUUGCAGAAUCCUAGGUCGGUAGACGUUUGUAGUACUUUGUACACAUUUAGCGUUCAUAACACGCUUUGAAAUUCAGUCGUGAUGAUAUGCGGGCAGUGUAUGUAUGAUAUUUCUGUGAUAUUUGUUGUGGCCAACAGAAAACGCGUCGUUCUUUCUUUUGUCCUUUCUUCACACUGAUAAGGACGCCGUCAAACAUGCACAAGCGCCAACGGAAAACACGUCGAUCUGCAUCCCCAUGCACGGUAAAGCGACGCCAUGGCUAAGCGUUGGGAGGAGUGGGUGGUGGAGCAAAGCCGAGCUGCGGCCAACGCUUCAAGGCCACAUGAUUCGAAAGUGUUAAGUGCGUGGCGAUUUUGCAUUGCUGCGGAAGCGAUGCGGUUGAAGCGCCAGUGCAUUUGUCUGGCGCCGUGGUUGGGUACAUGUCGAGUGGGCCGCAUCAAGAUCUGCGCCAAAUCGAGCAAAAGCAGCUACGUCACGAUGCAUUGCGCAAGUUGCAAUGGGCUAGGGAAGGAGAACGCGGUGUGGCAUUCGUUGUUGUUUGCCGAUGGGGCUUGCUGCAGUGUGCAACACUCUUCAUGCAUUUGGACACCUUCUGGACCCGAUACGGUUGAAAAGCCUUAAACUUGUCCGAAUGCACCUGGUCCAGAAAGCGCAAGCAAAUGCAUGUGUAGAGUGUGUUCGUCAGUGGAGGGAGGCCCAAUGUUUUGGUGUAAAUGCUUGUUAGAUUGGAGUACUCACUACUGUGAAUUCAGCUGGAUGUGACGAGUGAUGUAUAGCGGUAGUUUGCCUACUUCAGCAGUUCUUAAACUUGGCUCUGAAGUUUGAGACCUUUUAGAAAAUUUUAGUUGCUUUUUGGUUAAAUCUGAGCGUUUGUCAGAGUUUAAUCUGAGCGUUUGUCGGAGUUUAAACUGGUGGUUGAUUGCACUUGGCAGAUGAGUGUUAGCGUUUCUUAAACGUUUCCGCAUGAACGUGAGAUUAGUUUGCAUGGUUUCGUAAACUUUCUUUGGAUAUUGGCGGGCCAGACCCAGAUAUUUUGUUAUUACCUUUUCCUAUAUUUCUUUUCGUUAGCUAGCUAAAAAGUUUGAGCCUGUGUUGCUGCCGCGUGUGUACAUUAGGAAAUCCGUCAGCUCUCAGGCUUUCCCAUGGAGAGUACCAAUGUAGCAUGGAGAUACUACUGGCCAGUAGUUAGUCAUCUCUGGAGUAUAACAAGUGUGUGUGUGUGUGUGUGUGUGUGUGUGUGUGUGUGUGUGUGUGUGUGUGAGAGAGAGAGAGAGAGAGAGAGAGAGAGAGUCUGUGUGUGUGUGUGUGUGUGUGUGUGUGUGUGUGUGUGUGUGUGUGUGUGUGUGUGUUAGCUUGGAAAUAUAACGGAAACGGGGUGGCUUGGGAAGAUCGGUCAUGCAAAGGUUGUAAGCCAGGGGCCAGUGAACAGGGCUUUUAGCUGUAGUUCUGGAACAGUCUUGAGGUAAUGUACCUGCCUUGAGAUGUAGUACUGGAACAUUAUUUAGGUAAUGUACCUGCCUUGUGGAUGCAGUUCUGGAACAUCCUUCAGGUAAAUGUGUGCCUGCCUUGUGGCUGCAGUUCUGGAACAUUCUUUCUCUUUAGCUAAUGAACCUGCCUUGUUCUUUAGCUAAUGAAACUGCCUUGUGGCUGUAGUUCUGGAACAUUCUUUAGGGAAUGUACCUGCCUUUAGCUGUAGUUCUGGAACAUUCUUUACGUAAUGUACCUGCCUUGUGGCUGAAUGGUAUGUAGUACUAUAUACUAUAUAGUAGUACUGUAUAUUAUAUAUGUGGGUGCAAGGCCUGAUAUAGUCAGCUGAAUUCCUUAGGCUAGAUUUGAGCAUUCUUUUAGUCUGGGUUCAAUCAACUUCAAUGCCUUAGUCAGCUGCAUUCCUUAGGCUAGAUUUGAGCUUGAGCAUUUUUUUAGUCAGUCUACUUCAGAAGUUUGGAACCUUUGAAUGCAACAGGAAUAUUCAGUAAGCGAGGCGUUUUACUUUUACAACUUUCAGUCAAUUUUUAAACUUUAAAGUUUAAACUCUGAAUUCGCAUUCGACUUC